AUGAUAAAGUAUAUACCAACAGAAGGUGUUCAUGUUGAAGUCCUUGAUGGCAUAGGUGCUGUGGAGGUAUCAAAUGAAUUUGUUUAUAUCCCCACUAGCAUUCUUCCCAAGCUGGAAAAGGUCAUAACAAGCAGGGUUGACUUGCAACUGGAGGUUAAACUUCUCCGUGAGCAGCUGUGGUUUAGCUAUGGAAGUAGCGAAACCAUUCCUCCAUUUGAGCCAGAAAAGAUCCAGGAGGUUUGCAGGACUGCAGGUGCAACAAAGCUGUUUCAUGCCAUCACAACAGCAAUGUCACAGGAACACCAGACGCCUUUCAAGAAAGAGCAAAAUGAAAAGAAAGCUGUGGCCAUAAUAUACAUGUUGGUGUAUGGACAAUCCCAAAAAGCCAAUUGGUUCCAGAAAAUUUUUGCCCAAAAUAUGACAGGAAAGGGAAUCAGUGAAUCUGGGCUUGCAAUCUUAAAUCAAACUGGCAUAUCUGUUUCCAAAUCGACCCAAAGAAGGGACUUGAUUAGAACAGCAGAUUCCCACGAGUCAACUGUCAUUAAAUUCAUUGAUGAAGCCAUCGAAAAGAAAUGUCUCCUGACACUGAUGAUAGAUGAUUACACCAAUGUGCAUACCAUUCGUCGACCAAAAGACCAGGUAACUUCAACAGCAACAAAAAUGGCAACCAUACUUCUAAAAAAGUUUCCAUCAAUACCUGCUAUUUCUUCUACUGAUGCCAGCUUCUUCAAUCAAGAUGGGAUAAGCAUUGAAAUCCUGGAAAAUCAUUUGAAAGAAAAUUUACCAAACUUGCUUUCUUCUUUUGCAACCAUCAUGCCAUACUGGGUCAAAUCUUCAUUUUUCAACCCUGAGAUUGAAAGAAGCCGCUUAGAAAUCCAUGAUUACCAACAGGAUCAAACCAGCACAAAAUCUCUGCGAAAGAUGGAAAAUUGCAAACUUGUAGAUGAGGUUGAGCAAAAAUUGAGAAGUUUUGACGACUUUCUCAAAACUUCUGCUCAUGCCUUGAAACUUGGUCUUCAAAAAUAUCUUCAGUACUUUCUUUGCCCCCAGCCUGGGGACUGGCCUGCUCAAUUCUAUAUGAGACAGGUUCAGUAUAACAUUCCUGAAAACUUUCCAUCUUGCUUGAAAAACAUUAUACCAAUGAUUGGUCCUCUGCAUAUUCAGCUGAAUGCGAGAGAAUGUGUUUGCCUUCUAAACAUUGACUUCUUUAAAAUGUUCUAUUCCUUUAUCUUUGGGGAUAAAAAGCAACUUGCAAACAAGCCAAAACCAUGGAGAAUUUCUUUGCUGUUAGAGAUACUUUAUGGUGGGUGGACACUCAUCAGAGAACAAGUAAUUGUCAUUUUCUCCAAUUGCAAAAGCAUAGAGUUCUUAACUCUCUUGAACAUCUUAGACAAUUACCUUCCACUUGUACUGUCUAUCUACUCAGUCAUCUUUAAAACUGGAAGAACCUCUGAGUACCUGGAUGCAGUGUUGAGGUGUUGGUUAAUGUUCUUUUGCUACAAAAGACAUCAUUAUAACAAAGCUCCUUUGGUCUGGCUAAGUAAUAUUCUGUUUUGGAAGGCUAACAAUCAUCCACUUUUUCAAGCUCUUUUAAGAAGCCUCAAUGCUUUUGAUGAAUACCCAGUGGAGAACUUCCACUCUCUCUUAAGAUCACAAACAGUGCAAUCUGAUGAUGCUGAACUGAUCUCAAGAAAGGCCAAAGAAGUUGACAGCAACAAGACAACAUCAGCUAAAUUUUCAUCAGCAUUUAUGAGGCCAAAAAAAUUUAACUUCAGCAGUUCAAAACUCAAACAGCUGAAAAUCAAGGCAUCCAAAUUUAUUUUCAACAUUUUAAAAAGUAUAAAGGAACAGCCAAAUGCAGCAUCCCAAGUCAAUCGCCCAGCAAAUCGGCAAAAAGGCAUGACAUAUUGGAAACUGCCUCAUAUAUAUGGAGAAACCAUUGUUUCAUCGAAAGUGCUACCAGUAGGAUUUCAGUUUGCAGGGAAGGAACCAAAUCCUUUAAGGUUUGUAGCACCGAGAGCUGGGCAAACUGCCAAAUAG